GUCUCAUCUCAAAAUCUCAGCUACUUAAAAAUGUCAAAAAUCAACACAAACAACAAAACUCCAACAUCCUUAACCCACCGAAAUACAAUAAAUUAUAGAGAAAGAUGUCGAAUGCAUGACUUAAAUGCUGCUUUGGACGAUUUACGUGCUUCUAUUCCUUACGCCCAAGGAGGGAAUAUUAGAAAAUUAUCAAAAAUCGCUACUUUGUUAUUGGCAAAAAAUCAUAUAAUAAUGCAGGCUAAUGCUAUAUUGGAAUUAAAAACAAGGUUGGAGAAAUGCCAGAAACGCAUUAAAGAAUUAGAAGAAUCGAAAAAGCAUUAA